ACAACAUUCUUUCAUACACGUGUAAUGCUACCUCGGCUUGGUCAAAGCUCCCUCACUCGGCUUUUGGUUCCACACCCAGUAGGAAAAUCGCCAAAUGCAAAGGCCCCAACACUUUUGGAACAGCGCGGCUUGGUCUCGCAAACUCAAAAAGGGCCUUCGUCCUAACCAUUGAAACACAUUGCCGGUCACAACGAGCCUUAACGCUGUGGUACAAUGGCGUUCAAUUUGAACUUCACACGCCAGGAGAGUCUGGACAAGGCUAUCGAGCUUUGGACGUCACUUCCUCAGGGUGCUCAAUGGGCCCUGGCUGGCCUUGGAGCUCUGUCCCUUGCGCGGGGAGCCCUCUCUUUUCUCCAGCUCCUCCUGAACUGCUUCAUCCUCAGCGGCACCAAUCUUCGCAAAUAUGGCAAGAAGGGCACCUGGGCUGUUAUUACCGGCGCCUCCGACGGCCUCGGCAAGGAAUUCGCCGAGCAGCUAGCAGCCAAGGGUUUUAACUUGGUGCUCAUCUCCCGCACGCAAUCGAAGCUGGACGACCUCGCCCGCGCAUUGACGCUGAGAUGGACUGGCUUUCAGGCAAAGACCCUUGCCAUGGAUUACUCUCAAGACAACGACGCAGACUACCAGCGUUUGGCUGAGCUUAUUUCAGGCUUGGACGUUGGCAUCUUGAUCAACAAUGUCGGGCAAUCGCACAGCAUCCCUGUACCGUUCCUCGAGACCGCCCGCGACGAGCUGCAAAACAUCGUCACCAUCAACUGCCUGGGAACACUGAAGACCACACAGGUUGUUGCGCCGAAAUUGGUGGAGCGCAAGAGGGGCCUCAUCCUCACCAUGGGUUCGUUCGCCGGCGUCAUGCCCACGCCAUACCUGGCUACGUACAGUGGCAGCAAGGCCUUCCUGCAGCACUGGAGCAGCUCGCUGGCCUCGGAGCUCCAGCCACAUGGGGUCGACGUCCACCUCGUGGUCAGCUAUCUGGUUACGACUGCCAUGAGCAAGAUCCGCCGCACCAGCCUGCUCAUUCCCAACCCGAAACAAUUUGUCCGCUCCGCGCUGGGAAAGGUCGGCCUCAGCAGCACGGAAGUGUUCCCCAACACAUACACGCCGUGGUGGAGCCAUGCGGUUUUCAAGUGGGUGAUCGAGAACACGGUUGGCUCGACGAGCGCCUUCACCAUCUGGUACAACAGGAAGAUGCAUGUCGAUAUCCGUAAGCGGGCGCUGCGGAAGGCUGAGAGAGAGGCAAAGAAGCAGUGAGGCGGAAGUAAGAACCUGGAUUAUGGAAAUGGACGCUGUCGUACAGGACCAGUUGUAAUACAUCACACGACAGACAGGGGUCAGGGAAAUGCUCCAACCUGACAUGUGCGGCGUGCCUAGUGUUAACAAACGCUUUAGUAUUUGAAUAGGUGCUUCUAAGUGCACCGAUUAAUGAGAGAUGAUAAAACGU